GUCAGACCCCUCACAUCCCUGAGAGGAUUUAAAAACCAUCUCUUGCCCACAGCACCGUCCACCGCCGCGUGCAACCGCUGCAAGCAUGAUUAAGAAAAUGUCACCAGCUGAGAAUGAUUUCGACAUACCGGCCAAGAACUGCCACAGGAUGGUGAUCCUGGGCUCCACGAAAGUUGGGAAGACAGCCAUCAUCUCUCGGUUUCUGAACGAGAGGUUUGAUGAUCAGUACACGCCGACUAUUGAGGACUUUCAUAGAAAAUUCUACAGCAUCAGGGGAGACGUUUACCAGCUGGACAUUUUGGACACAUCUGGAAAUCACCCCUUCCCUGCAAUGAGGAGGCUUUCAAUUCUUACUGGUGAUGUGUUUAUUCUGGUCUUCAGUCUGGACAACAGAGACUCCUUCCAGGAGGUGCAGCGCCUGAAGCGCCAGAUUUAUGAGACCAAGUCCUGCCUACGAAACAAAACCAAGGAGAACGUGGACGUCCCGCUGGUCAUCUGCGGCAACAAGUGUGACAGGGACUUCUACCGUGAGGUGCAGGAGGACGAGAUCGAGCAGUUAGUCGGCGGGGAAGAGCACUGCGCCUACUUUGAAAUCUCAGCAAAGAAGAACACCAACGUAGACCAGAUGUUUCAGACUCUCUUUACUUUGGCCAAAUUGCCCAACGAAAUGAGUCCCGACCAGCAUUGCAAAGUUUCUCUGCAGUACUGCGAGGUUCUCCACAGAAAGUCCUUCAGAAACAAGAAGUGCAAAGACGGGAACGCAUAUGGGAUUGUGGCGCCGUUUGCACGGAGGCCCAGCGUGCACAGUGACUUGAUGUACAUAAAGGAGAAAGCUGUGGGAGGCAGCCAGGCCAAAGAGAAAGGCUGCGUCAUAUGCUGACAGCUCUUUUUUUUUUUUGCCAGCGUGCAAGAGACUUUCUGAGAGACUUUCCAGAGUUGAAAGAGAAGCCAGCCGUCCUGCAUACAGGACCCACACGCCCAUCAACAGUAGAUUACAGCGACACAUUGUGAUUCAAACUGGGCUGAGACUCAACGGACAAGUGAUGUAGUCAUACAGUAGAUGGUCUGAAAAUGCUGUAAAAUCUGCCUCUACAUUAGCUUACCAAGAGCAGCACUUGAGAAAAAAUGUUUACAUUUUUGCUAUUUUUUUUCAAACUUGAUGGAACUUGAAUGUUUGUUGCAUUACGAACAAAUUUUAUUCUAAAUGUGUAUUUAUUAAG